GCGGAUGCCACAGUGCAGCUCAGUGGUUGCAUAGCAAAUACUUCUAACCAGGACGGAGAAUACACACAAUUCAGGUAUUCCCAUGCCAGUAUGUCAGCGCUGUCUACACGUCACUGCUGGGUGAAUACUUUUAGUCGACAAAGUGGAAGGUCGCUAGAACUGCGUCACUCGUGUUUGGAAGGUAGUGGCAUUUGAAGUCCGCUGGGAAUUCCGCUUGUUUUGGAAAAGGUGAGGAAGAUUCAGCACCGUCCAAGAUUUCAAGAUGUUGCCUCAAGACUUGAAGCAGAUCCGAGUCCUGAUACUCAAUGACAACGAUAAUUUAGAGAGGACCCUGUUCAGACUUGAUCAAGGUUUUGAACUCCAGUUCCGUCUGGGUGCAAGUCUUCAGGGACGGAGGGUUACGGUGAAAACCAACUACCCGCUUGAAGGAAAGGGGUUUGAACGAAACACUUUCCGUGUUUUGUCCUGGAACUUCCCAACAGGCCGGGAGGAUGAUUCUGAUAAGUUUUGCUCUUUGGAUGUCAAAGUGGCAGGUUCUUAUCAGUACUACUUUGGAUUCGGUGACAUAGAGAAGUCAGGAGGAGGUUACAUUGUGAUCAACCCUGUCCUUCAUGUGGGAGCAGACGACCACGCCCUCCCAUUAGAUUGCAUCACCAUUCAGACGUACUUAUCCAAAUGUUUGGGUCACAUGGAUGGCUGGCCAGACAUCAUCAGAGUGGCAAAGGAGUCAGGGUACAACAUGAUCCAUUUCACGCCUUUGCAGACCCUCGGCGAGUCCAGGUCAUGCUAUUCGCUGGCUGACCAGCUGACCUUCAGCCCUGAGUUCAGCCCAGAAGGUCAAAACUACAGCUGGGCAGAUGUGGGGGCGCUCGUGGAAAAGCUGAAGACGGAAUGGAAUAUGCUGUGUAUUACCGACGUGGUGUACAACCAUACAGCUGCAAACAGCAUGUGGAUCAGAGAGCAUCCGGAAUGUGGUUACAAUCUGGUCAACUCUCCUCAUCUACGCCCAGCCUGGGUCUUAGACCGAGCUAUUUGGCAUUUAACCACCAGAAUCGCGGAGGGACGGUACAAGGACCGAGGCCUUUCUGCUGACAUCACCAAUGAAAGUCAUCUGGAUGCCAUCCGGAGCGUGUUGUGGAAUGAUGUGUACCCUCAAAUCAAACUAUGGGAGUUCUACCAGGUCAACGUGGACAGUGCUGUGGGCCGGUUCAGAACUCUCUUACAAAAUGGUGUGGAAGCAGAUCAUCUUAAGACCGGGGGCAAAAAAGGUCUUAAAAUCAUCCAAGACAUCGCUUACCGACGUUACGGCAACACGGUCGACAUGGACUCAGCCCUCGAGACAUUCGUACCUAACAGCUCCUCCCCUCAGGACAUCGAGGAGUGCUGCGGUUUGCUGCAACAGAAGUUGAAGCAGUUAAACGAGGAACAGGACCACAUUGUGCAUCAGCAUCAUGAGCAGGCAGCCAACUGCAUCGUGGGAAAUGUGACGUAUGAGCGUCUUGCUGACCAUGGACCCAAACUAGGCCCUGUCAGCAAGAAGAACCCUCUUGUUACCAGGUAUUUCACAUUCCCUUACCAGGACAUGACUCUGGAACAGGAAAUGCAGCUGCUGGACGAACCAAACAAGACGUGUCAUUUCCUCGCUCACAAUGGUUGGGUGAUGGGUGAUGAUCCACUGCGGAACUUUGCUGAGCCGGGAUCCAAUGUCUACAUUCGCCGGGAGCUAAUAUGCUGGGGUGACAGUGUCAAACUUCGCUAUGGCAAGGGACCUGAGGAUUGCCCCUUCCUGUGGGCCCACAUGAAGAAAUACACGGAGAUAACGGCCAAAUAUUUUCAUGGAGUCAGGCUGGAUAACUGCCACUCGACACCGCUGCAUGUAGCAGAGUUCAUGCUGGACGUGGCUAGAGCUGUGCGCCCUAACCUGUACGUGGCGGCUGAACUCUUCACUGGCAGUGAGGAACUGGAUAACGUCUUCGUUACCAAACUAGGGAUUACAUCACUGAUACGAGAGGCCAUGUCAGCUGGUGACAGCCAUGAAGAAGGAAGAUUGGUGUAUCGUUAUGGUGGUGAACCAGUGGGAGCUUUUGUUCAGCCCAGCCUCCGUCCACUGAUGCCCUGCAUCGCCCACGCCAUGUUCCUUGAUGUAACCCACGACAAUGAGUGUCCCAUUCAGCUGCGUUCACCACUGGACAGUCUGCCCAGUGCUGCAAUUGUCUCCAUGGCCUGCUGUGCGAUCGGCUCUACCCGAGGAUACGAUGAAUUAGUACCACAUCAGAUUUCUGUUGUGAAAGAGGAGCGUUCCUACCCCAAGUGGAACCCUUCUGCUUCCCCUGCCUCCACCGGUGAAGUUGGACCCCAGAGCGGCAUCAUUGCUGGGAAGCUAGCAGUCAAUAAACUACACCAGGAACUGGCCGCCCAGGGCUUCAUACAGGUCUAUGUAGACCAGGUUGAUGCAGACAUUGUUGCAAUUACUCGUCACUGUCCCAGCACCCAUCAGUCAGUGGUGACAGUUUGCAGGACGGCUUUCCAGAACCCUAAAACCCACCAAUAUAGCACCGACGUGCCGCCAAUGUUCAUCCCUGGGACGAUUGAAGAGGUGGUGUUGGAGGCAAGGAUGGUGGAAAGGCAUUGUGGGAGUUAUACCAAGGAUGACAAGUACAUCAAUGGCAUGCCAGAAUACACAGUACAGAUCAAAGAGCACAUACCGUUGCAGGAGAGCACAGUGGUGGACCAAGCUGGGGUGACGUCCAAAGGCAUAUCAGAGUUUGUACAGGAAAUCACCUUUAAGAGAUUGACACCAGGAAGCGUUAUUGCCUUCAGGGUUAGUUUGGACCCAAAAGCACAGAAAUUGGUUGGGGCAAUCAGGCAUGUUUUGUCCCAAUUCAGCUUGAAGUACAGAAAAGGCAGCAUAGCCGAUGAAAACCCACCAGAGGUCCUGAAGAUGCCUUUGGCACAGCUGAUGUCAAAGCUGUCACUGGCGGAUAUGAAUGUCCUGCUAUUCCGCUGCGAUUCAGAGGAACAAGAGGAUGGUGGAGGCUGUUACAACAUCCCAGGAUGGAUGGCCCUCAAAUACGCAGGCCUGCAAGGACUGAUGUCAGUGUUUGCUGAUAUUCGUGCCAACAACGACUUGGGCCAUCCCGUUUGUUCAAACCUGAGACAAGGAGACUGGCUUAUUGAUUAUGUCUCUAAUCGUCUAAUACACAGAGAAGGACCUUUGGCACAGGUUGGCCAAUGGUUGGGUGCCAUGUUUGCUUACCUGAAACACAUCCCACGCUAUCUCAUUCCCUCUUACUUUGACGCCAUCCUCGUAUCAACCUUCACCACAGCUCUGGAUGCAACAUACAAGCUCAUGCCAAGCUUCAUCCAGACCGGCUCAAGCUUUGUGCGACACCUAGCGUUGGGUUCACUUCAGAUGUGCGGAGUCGGACGUUUCCCCGCACUGCCUCCUCUUUCCACGAAAGUUGACAACGUUCCGUAUCGCAUCAACCCAAUCACGGGCCUGAAGGAGCAGUCCUGUGUAACACUAGCUGCAGGUCUCCCGCAUUUCUCCACUGGAAUUUUCCGCUGCUGGGGCAGAGACACUUUCAUUUCCCUCAGAGGGCUGAUGCUAAUCACCGGGAGACACACUGAAGCCCGAAACAUCAUUUUAGCAUUCGCGGGGACGUUACGUCACGGUUUGAUCCCAAACCUUUUAGGAGAAGGUCGCUGUGCCAGAUACAACUGUCGUGAUGCUGUGUGGUGGUGGCUGCAGUGCCUCCAGGAUUACGUCAUCCAUGUCCCCGAUGGGCACACUAUCCUGCAGUGUCCGGUCACACGCAUGUACCCGACUGAUGAUAGUGAGCCCCGUAAACCAGGAGAAGUGGAACAGCCUAUAUUUGAUGUGAUACAAGAGAUUCUGCAGCGCCACCUUGAAGGAAUUUCUUUCAGAGAGCGAAAUGCUGGACCCAAGAUAGACAUGAACAUGAGAGACGAAGGAUUUAAUGUGGUUGUCGGUGUGGAUCCAGCAACAGGCUUCGUGCACGGAGGAAACCGCUUUAACUGCGGCACAUGGAUGGAUAAAAUGGGAGAGAGUGACCGAGCAAGAAACAAAGGCAUACCUGCUACUCCCAGAGACGGGGCCGCUGUGGAGAUAAUUGGUCUGAGUAAAUCAGCCAUCCGCUGGAUUGUGGAGCUACGUGCCAAAGGAUUGUUUCCUUAUGCUGGAGCUAAAGUACACAGAAAUGGUAAAGAAGUCUUUAUCACAUACACCCAGUGGAAUGACCAGAUCCAGCAGUCCUUUGAGCCGUGGUUCUGGGUGUCUGGGGAGCCAAUGGAUCCCAACGAGAAACGUGCCGACCUGGUCCACAAGAAAGGGAUCUAUAAAGACAGUGUUGGCGCAUCCAGCCCCUGGUGUGACUACCAACUGAGGCCAAACUUCGCUAUCGCCAUGGUCGUGGCACCAGAACUUUUCACAGCGGAAAGAGCCUGGAAGGCUCUUGAAAUGGCUGAGAAGAAGCUACUUGGUCCCCUUGGAAUGAAAACCCUGGACCCGGAUGACAUGGUGUACUGUGGCGUGUACGACAACGCACUGGAUAACGACAACUACAACGUGGCAAAAGGAUUCAACUAUCACCAGGGGCCGGAGUGGCUGUGGCCCGUCGGCUACUUUUUGCGGGCUAAACUCUACUUUGCCAGGAAGCAAGGUGAAGAGACGUACGCCGAGACGGUCACCUUGGUCAAAAACGUUCUGUCACGUCAUCAUACUCAUUUGGAGAGGUCGCCAUGGAAAGGUCUGCCAGAACUGACCAAUGAGAAGGGCCAGUACUGCCCCUUCAGUUGUGAGACCCAGGCCUGGUCUUUGUCGUGUGUGCUGGAAGUUCUGCACGACUUGUAGAACGCGACGUUGUGGCUCUUUCAUGAGCUUAGUGUGCGGCGCAUUCAGUGGCUUGACAACGUGUUGCAUGUUAAAAGUCAUUUCUAGGUAAAUGGUAGAAUUUGUCAUCCUGUCAUCCUUUAACGUCUUUGCAUAGACCAACAUUUACUUGGCCAGUCUUCUGACUGGUACACAAUGUAAACAAACUUCAUUCUUCAUGAUCGUGAACUUUAUUCACGUAUGUUUAGACUUCAGAGAGCCAUGACGCAGUUAGAUAUUUCACAGUACACCAAUCACAAUUUGUACAAUCGUGCUGAUUUUGGGUUGACAAAGUAGCAGAUUUGAGUAAAUCAUUAAUUUUGUAACUUAAGAGUAAGAGUCGCUUUUGAAUAACUUUAUUCAACAGCAGUGCAAUUCCAACACCAUAAGAUUAAGAUAUGCCUUUAUUCGUCCCUCAGUGGGGAAAUUUGUAUUACACAGCAGCAAGAGUACAGAGUCAGUUAAGCAGUACAAAAUACACAAUAUAGAAAAAUAAACAGUAUAAACAACCCAAGUAUUAACAAAAUCAACAGUUUUUCCCAGAGAAAUAUAUGUAUCUGAACUGAAAUGACAUGUCUUUGAACUAGGGAUGCUCCGAUGGAUGGGCCACCGAUUAUUAUUGUCCGAUUUCCGUAAAAAAAAAAACAUACAAAUGUACAAAAUCCACAUAAAUCUUUCAAAGCCGAUCACAUAAUCUGAUCGCCAUGCAGUGCCGACCUGACAGCUCAGGUCACGACAACACAAACGUGACAUGAAUGUGCAUGUGUGCUGCGUCAGGUUGGGUUCCCGACACCCGUAAUCUGCCGACUAGGAAUGCAAAAACAAACAAGCGAUGCAGGUUAGUUUGGAGCCCGUUUUUGUCCCAUCGGGAAGUGGAUAUCACGUCCUUCGGGUACGUACUAAAUUGUUCAAGUGUCUAUUCCCAACACCCGUAAUCAGCCGACCAGGAAUGCACCGACUCGUGUUGUCACGAGAAUCAACACUAAAACCUUAAUGGUUUGUGUUUGACAGCUUGACACAGGCCACGCUAAUCGAUGCCAGUGUGUUUGAUCACUUAUCUUGCAUCGUUCUUUACACACUUUGCCUAGUGGUGAACGGCCGCAGGUAGCGAACUAGCUAGAAUUAUCCGCCUAGCUUCUUGUUUUCGGACUCCGAAUGUGAUUGUUUUUUUUUUUUUUUAAACAAACAAGCGAUGCAGGUUAGUUUGGAGCCCGUUUUUGUCCCAUCGGGAAGUGGAUAUCACGUCCUUUGGGGACGUACUAAAUUGUUCAAGUGUCUAUUCCCAACACCCGUAAUCAACCGACCAGGAAUGCACCGACUCGUGUUGUCACGAGAAUCAACACUAAAACCUUAAUGGUUUGUGUUUGACAGCUCGACACAGGCCAUACUAAUCGAUGCAAGUGUGUUUGAUCACUUGUCUUGCAUCGUUCUUUACACGCUCUAGCCUAGUGGUGAACGGCCGCAGGUAGCUAACUAGCUAGAAUUAUCCGCCUAGCUUCUUGUUUUCGGACUCCAAAUGUGUAUGUGUUUUUUUUUUUAAAACAAACAAGCGAUGCAGGUUAGUUUGGAGCCCGUUUUUGUCCCAUUGGGAAGUGGAUAUCAUGUCCUUCGGGUACGUACUAAAUUGUUCAAGUGUCUAUUCCCAACACCCGUAAUCAGCCGGCCAGGAAUGCACCGACUCAUGUUGUCACGAGAAUCAACACUAAAACCUUAAUGGUUUGUGUUUGACAGCUCGACACAGGCCAUACUAAUCGAUGCCAGUGUGUUUGAUCACUUGUCUUGCAUCGUUCUUUACACGCUUUAGCCGAGUGGUGAACGGCCGCAGGUUGCGAACUAGCUAGAAUUAUCCAUCUAGCUUCUUGUUUUCGGACUCCAGUUAGUUUGGAGCCCGUUUUUGUCCCAUCGGGAAGUGGAUAUCACGUCCUUCGGGUACGUACUAAAUAAUCCAAGUGUCUAUUGGUGUCAAGAUGUUGUGUCCUCCAAACCAGAUCUGUGUGUCGUCAUUUAAUGAACAUUAGCUAUUUGCUAGGGGUCCCUGUAAUGCUCUAAUGGCUACCCUGGCCAAUCAAUAGACACAUGUACAGUUAAUCCACUCAUGGAUAAUCGGUAUCACAAUCAGCAGCAUAAAACGGAGCAUCCCUACUUUGAACGCAACCCAUUAUUGCUCAUAUCGUUCAGGUUUGAUUCAAAUGUUCUGCUUCUAGUGUUGGAAUAUUCGAUUCAUUUGGAGCUGUUAAUACAAAUAUACUGUACAUAAUCUUUCUGUUCAUAAAAUACAGUAAAAAAUGUGCAUAUUUCAUUAUUGACGUGUAAUUCAUUUGAAAACGAUUUCACCUGAAAUUGUCGUUUGAAUUGUAAUAAUUUAAUCGCCCUAAUAAAGAUAAUACAUGUAUUUGA